CUACCCUUAAUCAUAAUUAUUAAUCAUAAUUAAUAUCUCCUGCUGUCACUGUCAAUGUCUCUCCACUACUGAGUUCCACCACCCCUCUUCUCAUCGUCAUCAGUCAGUUUUUUCUCCGGCGAACAGAAUCGCCAGCAGCCAUGGAAGCGGCGGAAUCAACCGACGGCGGCUCGAAAGUAAUGAACGUGGGCCUUCUACUGCUCGCCACGCUCGUGGUGGCGAAGCUGAUAUCCGCAUUGAUAAUGCCCAGAUCCAGCAAGCGUUUGCCCCCGGUUGUGAACACGUGGCCGGUUCUCGGCGGUCUGCUCCGGUUCCUGAAAGGACCGAUCGUGAUGCUGAGGGCGGAGUACCCUAAGCUCGGAAGCGUGUUCACGCUGAAUUUGCUGAAUAAGAAGAUAACUUUUCUGAUUGGUCCAGAGGUUUCGCCACAUUUCUUCAAGGCCCCUGAAUCUGAUCUCAGCCAACAAGAGGUUUACCAAUUCAAUGUCCCCACUUUUGGCCCUGGUGUUGUUUUUGAUGUUGAUUAUACCAUUAGGCAGGAGCAGUUCAGGUUCUUCACUGAGGCACUUAGGGUUAAUAAGCUCAAAGGUUAUGUUGAUCAGAUGGUUAUGGAAGCCGAGGAAUAUUUCUCGAAAUGGGGAGACAGCGGUGAAGUGGACCUAAAAUACGAAUUAGAGCACCUAAUCAUACUAACAGCAAGUAGAUGCCUUUUGGGCGAAGAAGUGCGCAAUAACCUAUUUGAAGACGUGUCAGCACUCUUCCACGACCUCGAUAACGGAAUGCUUCCAAUCAGCGUCAUAUUCCCAUACCUUCCAAUCCCAGCACAUCGCCGUAGAGACCAAGCCCGCAAAAAGCUCUCCCACAUCUUCUCCACCAUAAUAGCCUCUCGCAAAAAUGCAGGCGUAUCACAGCACGAUUUGCUACAGUGCUUCAUCGAUUCCAAGUACAAGGACGGUCGCCAAACGACCGAAUCAGAGGUCACCGGUUUAUUAAUCGCCGCCUUAUUCGCCGGUCAGCACACCAGCUCCAUUACCUCCACAUGGACCGGUGCAUACCUUCUCUGCAACCCUAAAUUCAUGUCCGCUGUUGUGAAUGAGCAGACGGAUUUGGUCCAAAAGCACGGUGACAAAGUUGACUACGACGUGUUGUCAGAAAUGGAAGUUCUUUACCGGUGCAUUAAAGAAUCAUUGAGGCUGCAUCCUCCAUUGAUAAUGCUUCUUCGAAGCUCGCACAGCGAUUUCAGCGUGAAGACUAAAGAAGGGGUCGAGUACGAUAUUCCGAAGGGGCAUAUUGUUGCCACAUCACCCGCCUUUGCGAAUCGGCUGCCCCAUAUUUAUAAAGAGCCGGAUAGUUACGACCCGGAUAGGUUUGCACCGGGGAGAGAUGAGGAUAAGGCGGCAGGAGCUUUCUCGUAUAUAUCUUUUGGUGGCGGCAGGCAUGGGUGUCUUGGGGAGCCGUUUGCUUAUCUGCAGAUUAAAGCGAUUUGGAGCCAUUUGCUUAGGAAUUUUGAAAUGGAGCUUCUUUCUCCUUUCCCCGAGACUGACUGGAAUGCUAUGGUUGUGGGUGUGAAGGGGAGUGUUAUGGUGCGGUACAAACGCAAAGUUCUUCCGCUCAACUAGCUUCCUUCGCCACGUAAUUUGCCGAAAAAGUAGAUCUUGUGGCAUUUUUUUAACUUAAGCAUGUCUUUUAGGUUUGAUUUUUACUUGGUGUUUUGAAUGUUGACUUCGUCAGACUACGCUGCUUUGUUUUUUUUUUUUUUUUUCCUUCGAUUAGUUUUUUGUUCCUUUCAAUUUUCUGUUGUGCUGAAGACUCUUUAUUGCAGUUUUGUGAUUGAAUUUUGAAGUAUGUGUAGGGUUUUUGUUGCUUU